GCGCGCUGGCUGGAGAGUAAUGUUACAGAGCGGAGAGAGUGAGGAGGCUGCGUCUGGCUCCCGCUCUCACAGCCAUUGCAGUACAUUGAGCUCCAUAGAGACAGCGCCGGGGCAAGCGAGAGCCGGACGGGCACUGGGCGACUCUGUGCCUCGCGGAGGAAAAAUAACUAACCAUGGGAAAAGGAGAUCCUAAGAAGCCGAGAGGCAAAAUGUCAUCAUAUGCAUUCUUUGUGCAAACUUGCCGGGAGGAGCACAAGAAGAAGCACCCGGAUGCUUCCGUCAACUUCUCAGAGUUUUCGAAGAAGUGCUCAGAGAGGUGGAAGACCAUGUCUGCUAAGGAGAAGGGAAAAUUUGAAGACAUGGCAAAGGCGGACAAGGCUCGUUAUGAGAGAGAAAUGAAAACCUACAUCCCUCCUAAAGGGGAGACAAAAAAGAAGUUCAAGGAUCCCAAUGCACCCAAGAGGCCUCCUUCGGCCUUUUUCUUGUUCUGUUCUGAGUAUCGUCCAAAAAUCAAAGGGGAGCACCCUGGCCUCUCCAUUGGUGAUGUUGCAAAAAAGCUGGGAGAGAUGUGGAAUAACACUGCCGCCGACGACAAGCAGCCGUACGAGAAGAAGGCUGCCAAGCUGAAGGAGAAGUACGAGAAGGAUAUUGCCGCAUACCGAGCUAAAGGAAAACCUGAUGCAGCCAAAAAGGGAGUUGUCAAGGCUGAAAAGAGCAAGAAAAAGAAGGAAGAGGAGGAAGACGAAGAGGAUGAAGAAGAUGAAGAGGAGGAGGAAGAUGAAGAGGAUGAAGAGGAAGAGGAAGAUGAUGAUGAUGAAUAAGUUGGUUCUAGCGCAGUUUUUUUUCUUGUCUAUAAAGCAUUUAACCCCCCUGUACACAACUCACUCCUUUUAAAGAAAAAAAAAUUGAAAUGUAAGGCUGUGUAAGAUUUGUUUUUAAACUGUACAGUGUCUUUUUUUGUAUAGUUAACACACUACCGAAUGUGUCUUUAGAUAGCCCUGUCCUGGUGGUAUUUUAUAGCCACUAACCUUGCCUGGUACAGUAUGGGGGUUGUAAAUUGGCAUGGAAAUUUAAAGCAGGUUCUUGUUGGUGCACAGCACAAAUUAGUUCUAUAUGGGGACGGUAGUUUUUCAUCUUCAGUUGUCUCUGAUGCAGCUUAUACGAAAUAAUUGUUGUUCUGUUACCUGAAUACCACUCUGUAAUUGCAAAAAAAAAAAAAAUGCAGCUGUUUUGUUGACAUUCUGAAUGCUUCUAAGUAAAUACAAUUUUUUUUAUUA